AUGUGGAGUUGGCCCAAGACCUGGAUUCACCCCCUUCGGAAGGCUGGGAUACUCCCAGUGCCCUCCCAGGGUCGAAGCUUGCCUUUCUCAAGCUCCUCUCUGACUCCAGCUAUGUAUAGUAGCAGUGGUCCAAGGCCAUUGCCCCUCUCCUACAAGCUGCUGGAAGGUCAGAGCACCCAACCACCCCUCAUCUUCCUACAUGGGCUCUUUGGCAGCAAGAUCAUCUUCGAAACUGAGGCGAAAGCCCUAGCAGAACGGACAGGCAGGAAGGUACUGACAGUGGACAUUCGGAACCACAGGGAGAGUCCAUCAAGUUCUGACUGCAGCUAUGAAGCCAUGAGCAAAGACCUGGAGGUCCUCCUAUUAAAACUGGGACUAACACCUUGUGUCCUCAUUGGACACUGCAUGGGCGGCAAGAUAGCCAUGGUCUUGGCACUACAGAAGAAUCCAACUAAUCGGCAAUAUAUGAUCAAUAAUCUGAUGCUGAUCAAUGGGCAAUACGUAUGGAAGGUCAAUAGUGAAGCCUUGAGCCAACAGAUGGACAAGAUCAUGGACUUCCCCCAGAUCCAAGGAUCCUACUCUGGCCCCACGCUCUUCCUCAAAGGCGCCAAAUCACCCUACAUUGAGCCUAGUCACUACCCUGAGAUCAAACGUCUUUUCCCUCAAGCUCAGAUUCUGACCAUCCAAGAGGCUGGCCACUGUAUUCAUGUUCACCAACCCCAAGACUUCCUGAACAGUAUUCAAAAUUUCCUGUCCUACACACGUAAUACCCAAUGA